GUCGAGUUGAAUUCACAGUCGGACCCAAACAGUGACAGACGGCGUGCUAGAAACGACAUUAGUCUCCGCGCUGCUCUGACUUUACGUCUCAGGUUUAAAAGCAAGACAAGGACUUUAAAACCCCCUCUACGAUGGACGCCCUGCAGAGGAGAGUGAUCCAGGAGGACAUGGUUCAGUACAAGCUCUUCUUGAUCCAGCCACACGGUUCAGAUCCACAGCAGACUGAGCAACACCUCACACGUCUGCUAGAGGAGAUUUUGGCAAAGGUCGCCCCACACCUGAUCCAAUACAUCUGGCAGCAUCAGUCAUUCAAGCUCAAGUAUCAUCCUGAGAAAGGAGAUGUCCCUGCUCACAUUGGAGGUAGCACUCAGUUUGGGGACAAUGUGGAGGACGAGUGGUUUAUCGUUUAUCUCCUGCAGAAAAUCACAGAGGCCUUCCCGGAGCUUGCAGCCAGCAUCGUGGACAACGACGGGGAGUUUCUUCUGAUUGAAGCAGCAGAUUAUCUCCCAAAGUGGCUGAAUCCGGACACCAGUGAAAACAGGGUCUUCUUCUGUAGGGGAGAGUUGCAUAUUCUGCCUUGUCCCUCUAAAUCCAGUCCAGUGGGGAUCUCAAAAGAUGUGGUACCAAGUGUUGCACAAGCUCUUGCACUGCUCUCCGCCCACCCAGAGGCCUGUCAGGCAAACCCCAAGAUUAGUUCCGCCCUGAGGAAGCGACUAGAGGGGUACCCAGAAAAGAUUCAGACCGGCCUUCAUCGUGCCCACUGCUUCGUGCCUGCAGGUGUUGCCACAGUGUUAGCGCAACGACCAGACCUGGUUGCGCCUGCAGUGUCAGCGUUCUACCUGCGAGAUCCGAUAGAUCUGCAGGCGUGUCGAAGCUUCAAGGCGUUUCCUCCCGACACACAAGUCCUCACCUCGGUGACAUUCACACGUUGCUUGUACGCCCAGCUGCAGCAGCAGCAGUUCCUCCCCGACCGGAGGAGCGGCUUCACCCUGCCUCCUCGCUCUCAUCCCCAGUACAAAGCCCAUGAACUUGGCAUGAAACUGGCCCAUGGCUUUGAGAUCCUGUGUUCUAAGUGCAGGCUGCCAUCAUCAGAGCCUGAUGCCCCCGUCAGUUGUAACCCUCAGUGGAAAGGUUUCAUGGACAGUCUUAAAAGGAACGACUACUUCCGGGGAGAACUGGAAGGAUCAUCCCGUUACAGAGAACUGACAAGAUCCGCACAGAACUUCUUCAAACAGUCCGUCGCUUCAAAAUCGAGUGCUUCAUCCCCGGGUGAGGAGAUUCUCCAGCUGCUGCACAGCUGCAAAUCCUUCAACCUGGAGGAGCUGAAGAAACAAGAGUCACAGCUCCCCCAAGAGGACAGUGACAGCUGGCUGGAUAUCACAGCUCAGGAUUUGGAGCGCAUGUUGCAGGAGAGGAGCGGGGGAAGAGCUGAUGUUGGCAGCCAAAACUCCAGUUCCACAAAAGAGACGCAGCACGAAGGGGCAGAGGAGAGGAGGAGAAAGGAGAAGGGGGGCAACAGAGAGGAAGAGGAGGGUGCUUACAGCCUGAUAGCAGUCAGCCAGGGGAUGAAGAACUUCCUCAAUGCCAUGUCAUCACAUGAGGGUGCUGAAAUGCCCUGGUGCAGUUCAGCUCAGCCUUUUAGUUUCGAUCCUGACUCCAUGGCCAACGCACUGGACAGACUGCUAGGAAGCAAAGAAGAAGAGCUCGAUUCAGAUGAUCUUGAUGAUGAUGACGAUGAUGAUGAUGGGGAGGAGGAGGAGAAGGAUGAAGAAGAGGAGGAGGAGGAGGAGGGGUCGUCUGGUCACACAGAGAUGAAUGGGACAGAAGCUUUAGAUGGUCUCAGGAGAUACAUGGACCAGAUGGAUCAGGAGCUGAUGAGCACGAAUAUAGGACAAAGCUUCAGUCAGACGAAUUACAACAAGGCAGGCUUGGACGAUGGCUCCCCUCAUCCCCCUGCCACGGACAGUCGCGGAGGACCGGAUGAGACGGAGGAGGAGAUCCAGCCUCUUGAUGUCGACCUCAAUCUAGUCUCAAACCUGCUGGAGUCCCUCAGCUGCCAGGCCGGACUGGCAGGACCGGCUUCUAACCUGCUGCAGAGUCUGGGUCUGCACAUACCACCCAACUCUGAUCCCUCUUAAGGGCAAUAAGCAGACACAGAUAAUGAAUGUGGCGAUAUGGAGAGGAGGUCCAAACACACGGCAAGAACCAGCAUCUACAGUCGACGAGGCUUCACUUAAAGCGGUGUGUUUUGGAUUUAUGGGGGGUGUAUGAAGCACUUAUCCAGAGUCAGUAGAUGACAGUCAGUGUGCCCACAGUUUGGAGAAGACAGAAGGAACUAAAACAUCCUUUAGCCACCUAAAAAAAAGACACACUUUAAAAAAGUCAAUAUCAGUUUAAGUGUUUGCUAUAUUUAUCAUUUCACCUGUUUAUCUUGCUGCCAGACAGCACUUAAGACAGGAAACCAGAGACAUAUCAGCCAAUGGUUGUGAAGGGGUGUUGCUACCUCUAUACAGCAGUACACAAAACACAUUGAUCAGGUUUUACAGAGGACUUUUAUUACAAGCUGCUUUGUUUAAUGCUUAGUGUUUUUCACAGCACUUACAUUUGGUUGUUGUUAAAAAAUAAAUAUUUUUGGAAAUAAAGUUCUUCUUUCAGUG